GGCCAGGGCUUCUCGCCUAGCGGGUGGUCGGUUAGACUCUGACCUAUCGGGAGCGUGGAGAGGAGGGAAGAAAAGGAGGAAACGUCAUGGCUGCCCUGAAGGUCUCUCGGGUGUUACGAAGCAUUGCUACUUGUGGCUGGAGGGCACAGUCCAGUCAGGCUGUUGCAACAUCACCAAAAGUCAAAUCAGCAGCUGGAUAUAGCUUUGAACUUACAGACGAGCAGAAAGAAUUCCACGCUACAGCUCGUAAAUUUGCUAGAGAGGAAAUCUUGCCUGUGGCUGCUGAGUAUGAUAGAACUGGAGAGUAUCCCAUUCCCCUCAUAAAAAGGGCAUGGGAGCUUGGCCUGAUGAAUACACAUAUACCAGAGAGCUGUGGUGGCCUUGGCCUUGGCUCUUUUGAUGCGUGCCUUAUUACUGAAGAAUUAGCUUAUGGCUGUACAGGGGUUCAAACUGCAAUUGAAGCAAAUUCUCUGGGUCAAAUGCCAGUCAUCAUUGCAGGAAAUGAGCAGCAGCAGAAGAAAUAUUUGGGAAGAAUGACUGAGGAACCCAUCAUGUGUGCCUACUGUGUAACAGAACCUGGAGCAGGCUCUGAUGUAGCAGGUUUAAAAACAAGAGCUGAAAAGAAAGGAGAUGAAUAUAUAAUUAAUGGACAAAAAAUGUGGAUCACCAAUGGUGGCAAGGCUAACUGGUAUUUUUUAUUGGCUCGUUCCAAUCCUGAUCCCAAAGCUCCUGCAAGCAAAGCUUUUACUGGAUUUAUUGUGGAAGUUGACAGCCCUGGAGUACAAAUUGGAAGAAAGGAGCUUAAUAUGGGUCAGCGCUGCUCAGAUACAAGAGGGAUUGUUUUUGAGGAUGUGAGAGUGUCCAAAGAGAAUGUACUAAUUGGUGAGGGAGCUGGCUUUAAAAUUGCCAUGGGAGCAUUUGAUAAAACAAGGCCUCCAGUAGCAGCUGGUGCUGUAGGCCUAGCACAAAGAGCUUUGGAUGAAGCUACAAAAUAUGCCAUGGAAAGAAAAACCUUUGGAAAGGUUAUUGCAGAGCACCAGGCAGUGUCUUUCAUGUUGGCUGAAAUGGCAAUGAAAGUGGAGCUUGCUCGCCUGGCUUACCAAAGGGCAGCAUGGGAGGUAGAUGCUGGUCGCAGAAAUACCUACUAUGCAUCUAUAGCAAAGGGAUAUGCUGGAGACAUUGCAAAUCAAGUAGCUUCUGAUGCUGUCCAGAUUUUUGGAGGAAAUGGAUUCAAUAGUGAAUACCCGGUAGAAAAGCUAAUGAGAGAUGCCAAAAUAUACCAGAUAUAUGAAGGCACAGCUCAGAUUCAGAGACUGAUUGUAGCUCGUGAACAUAUCAACAAGUUUAAGGGUUGAGAGAACUUUUGAACAGAGAAGAGGAAAAAGGCUUGAAUUCCUGGCAUGCAGUAUCCUGACUCUGCAAACAUUUGUAUUCCUUCUGGUAUGAUACUUUUAAGAUUGGAAAGGAAAAAUGGCCUCAAAAGCAGUAGCAUUUUUUCCAUCUACAUGUUUCAGUUUAAUAUAUGAAAAAGGUAACUUAAUUAUGAAACUGUUAGCUGGAGACUCCCUGAAAGAUGCAAUAAUUACAGCCAUGUCUGUACCAUAUGCUUCAGUGGAUUUUUUCAUUUUCACCUUACUUUAUAGUGACUUAAAUAGUUAUCUCUGCCCUCUAAAGUGGUCUUCUUGGCAACACCUUUUAAAGUGCUUAGGUUUUGAGAAUUAACUUUGGCACUGCAAUAUAUUGCACUAAAAUGUUGACAUCAGCAAUGGCAGUGAGGUGUUCCUUGUUUUCCACCUGCAAAUUACAUAAUUUGGGAAUAGGGCUACUUAAGGAGGUUUGUUUCUGUGGAACAAAAGGAUUCUGGGUUGUCCACUUUGUCAAACACAAUACCCUCACUCUGACAAUAUGUCUUAAUGACCACUAAACACCGCACUAUAUACACAAGGUAAAGUAUGAAAUGACUACCACAAUCAAAUUAUCUGUAUUGCCACUGUGUUUUAAUUUGUCAGUUCUCUAUCCUGUAGCUCUCCAAAACAGCUGUAGCGUGGAUCAUUUGUUGUUGUUGUUCAACAGCGUACAAAGAGGAAUGGGAAACCUACUGGGCAAUAUUCGGCUGACGUUUGUAAUAAUGCAAGGAUUACUAUUAAUGCAAAGGGAUUCCCACUUCCUCCCCCUGCAACAUUCCCAAAUCUGCUCCAGAGAGUUUGGGGGAACCCCUCUCAAAACAGAUUUAGGGGAUGUGCAAGGGGAGGAGAGGAAGAGAAUGUGCAAGGAGAAAACCUUGUGCCGACAGAACAUUCUCCUUAGACUGGGUUGUAUUCAACAUAGCGCUGCUUUUGAAAUCCUUGUGUACCUGAAUACAGGCUACGGCGUGCCUCAGAACAAGUUGCACCUCAUUACAAGCCACCUUUUGUGUGCAUUAUAUUAACUUCUAUGAAAAAAGGCUUUUCAUUUUAUAACUUGGUAAAAUGUGAAUAGUAGCAGUUUUGCAAACAACUUUGUAUGUUGCAGUUGUAAAACAAAACACAUGAUGCCUGUGUUGAACUUUUCAAUUAUUUGAAGACUACACAUAACUAAUGGUUAUGGUGCCUUUGCAUUUGGUUAUAGCAACCUUGCUAAAUAAAUGUUUUGUUACAUUCAAAUAUGAUGAAAAUAACCAUACAAUGCAAUAUUUUGCUAGUAAUAUUUAUAGUAUUGAUUGGAAUUACCUGAUAGUAUCAAAUAAUAAUUAAACAUCUAUUAUGAAA